AUGCCGACACAGACCCGCGUGCAACAUUGGCCCGUGCUACAAUCCCGAGAGGUUUCGGCAUUAUCGUGGGAAGAUGUGUACCGACUUUCGGCAAGCCACAUGCAACUUACAGAUUCGAUGCCAGGGACAGGGCAAAGGAGCCAGCGGGCCGCGCACCAUCAUACAUACCAACAAGAGGGGAAGGCUGUAGGAAUUGAAGAUGAAAUGGAACGAUGCAAUCAACAAGACAGAAACAUCCACAUGGAUGAUAGAGGUGAUUCUGGGGACAUAGAGGAAAUUGGAUACCGGAAGAUAGCCCGGCACUGGUGCCCCCAGGUGGGUAAGCCCAGCAUGGCUAUGAAGACAGCUCGAGAUAACGUCGAAGCGCUUGGGAAAAUCUAG